GAUGGGCCCCAGCCAACAUAUCCUGUUCCCUGUGUCAGCUGCAGGCUCUGUCCUUCCACUCACUGGCUCCAGGACGACGCAGGCUUCAGGGGCUGGCCAUGUCCCUCCAUCCCACCACCCUCCUGGGCCUCCUGCUCUGUUUGGGCCAGACCAUCCACACUCAGAAUGAGGUCCUGCCCAAACCCUCCAUCCGUGCCAAGCCAGACACUGUGGUCCACCGGGGGAGGCUUGUGACCAUCGUGUGCCAGAGUUCUGCUGGGGCUGACAGAUUUCGCCUUGAAAAGAAAGAUCAAACAGAUCAGUACAAGGAUCAGACAAACGUGUCUCAACAUGGUUCACAGGGGACAGAGGCCAGAUUCCACAUCACAGCAAGUGAGGUCACUGCUGGGCAUUAUUUCUGCCGCUAUCAAAAAGGGAACAAGUGGUCCGAGAUCAGUGAGCUCCUGGAGCUGGUGGUGACAGAUGAGGACGUCUCCGCUCUGCCCUCAGGCCUGUCGACAGAAAGUGUUUAUAUUCUCAUUGGGAUCUCUGUGGCCUUUCUCUUGUGUCUCCUCCUCCUGGUCGUCCUGUUAGUCCAUCGUCUACGUCAGAAAAACCACGGCCCCCCCAUCAGCAAUGGCGAAAAGCAGAGUCCUCAGGAGAGGUUCAGCCCAGCUAUUGACAUCAUACAGAGGACACCAGAUGUGGCCACAGUCGGUAAACUUCCCGAGGGAGACAGGAAGCUGCACGCCCUAACCAACUCCGAUUCUGUCCCCCUCCCCUCAUCCUCGGCCAGACUAAUGCACCCUGGGCCUCUCCCUCAGAGCCCUGCUGCAGAAGACCCCCAGGAGGUGACAUAUGCUCAGCUGGACCACCAAGUCCUCACACUGAGGGCAGCUGGAGCCCAGUCCCUGCAGUCCACGGAGCCCACAGCUGAUGCCAGCACGUAUGCAGCCCUUGCUAGACGUUGACCUCAGGCCCACCUGUCCUCUGCACCUAGAGACACAGGAAGUCACUCCCACAAAAGCCUGAAGCGGCUACUUGGAGGGGUUCCCUGUGGAGUCAUCCCUUUCUAGAACAUGGCCCAGUCAAUUCUGCAGGCAAGAGCUGGCCUCUGGAGGCCCGUGAUCAGCAUCUAGGAGAUUUGCUAACCAGGAGGCCCCUCCUAUGAUCAGCCAACUCCUUGGAGUGUCUAUGCAUGUACGUACUUGUUUCCAAAGACCCAGCCACAGUCCUGCAGUCACCCAGCUUAUUCUAGACAUGCCCUGUGAAUCCCCAACUUACCCCAGAGACUAUUUUAACUACUCUCUCGGCUGACUCUCAAGACCUUCCUGGAGUCCAGUUGUCAACCUUGAACCUGGGCUGUACUUAACGUAGCUGAUAGAUGAGGCCCUGAUUUCUAGGUGCUGCUUUACCUUAUUCAUCAAUAAAU